CAUGCAACCAUGUUAAUAAUAUUCUAAUAUUAUCACCUGUAAUCUUGCAUUAGGAACUGAUGGGAAAUGUUUUUUUUCCAAUUUUGGUUGCAGAACUCUCGAAUGCACUGAUAUUAAAAAUGGAACUAAUCACUUUAUAUGUUAAAGUUAAAAUUCAACUUGUAUUUCUAAUGGAGAAAAAUGCAUAUCCUAAGUUAAGUGCGAAGAGUAUCCAAAUUAAUUAGCUUGUACUUACAAAGGAUUAGAUGGAUAAUGUACUUGGAAUGGAUCUAAUUGUAUUUUGAUGAAAUCUUGUGAGGAUGCAAAUAUAGAUAUGAUAGCCUGUUAAAGAAUGGGUGACUUAUGUAAUUGGAUCUCAUAUGCUAAUGGUACAUCAUCUUGUCUCAAACACACAUGUUAAACUAAGGGAGUUCUCAAUCAAUGCAAUUAUAUCAAAGAUUUUAAUGGAUUAACCAUAACUACAUGUUUAUGGUCAAAUGAAAUAUGUUAAUCAGUAGAUCCAAGGUAUUUCCAAAGUACUGAAUGCAAUUUCAACACAUUAAAUACAUAUAGAUGGAAUCCAGUUAACAAUACCUGUGAGUCUUGUUCUCCUUAAUAAGUGGAUAAUACAAAUACAACUGUUGUUAGUUAUCUUUAAAUAUUAUCUACAAUGAUAAUAUAUGCAAUAUUAUAAUGA